AUGUCUACUUUCCUCUUCACCUCAGAAUCCGUCGGCGAGGGUCACCCAGACAAGAUCUGUGACCAAGUCUCCGACGCCAUCUUGGACGCAUGUCUCCGCGAGGACCCCAUGUCCAAGGUCGCCUGUGAGACUGCUGCAAAGACCGGUAUGAUCAUGGUCUUUGGUGAGAUCACCACCAAGGCACACCUCGACUUUCAGAAGAUUGUCCGAGACACCAUCAAGCAGAUUGGCUACGAUGACUCAGAGAAGGGUUUCGACUACAAGACCUGCAAUGUGCUCGUUGCCAUUGAGCAGCAGUCUCCCGACAUUGCACAGGGUCUCCACUACGAGAAAUCCCUUGAGGAUCUCGGUGCCGGUGACCAAGGUAUCAUGUUUGGAUACGCCACAGACGAGACACCCGAACUCCUCCCACUCACCGUGCUCCUUUCGCACAAGCUCAACAUGGCCAUGUCUGCUGCUCGUCGUGAUGGAUCCCUUGACUGGCUCCGUGCCGACUCCAAGACUCAGGUCACUGUUGAGUACAAGAACGAGGGUGGCCGUGUGAUCCCUCUUCGUGUUGACACCGUUGUUGUCUCUGUACAGCACGCUGACUCCAUCACCACAGAGGAUCUCCGCUCAGAGAUUCUUGAGAAGAUCAUCAAGAAGACCAUUCCUGCCAAGUACCUCGAUGACAAGACUGUUUACCACAUUCAGCCCUCUGGCCGUUUCGUUAUCGGUGGACCCCAAGGUGAUGCUGGUCUCACUGGUCGUAAGAUCAUUGUCGACACCUACGGCGGUUGGGGAGCACACGGCGGUGGUGCCUUCUCCGGCAAGGACUUCUCCAAGGUCGACCGUUCUGCUGCAUACUGUGCUCGAUGGAUCGCCAAGUCCCUGCUCAAAGCCGGCCUUGCCAAGCGUGCUCUUGUCCAGCUCUCUUACGCCAUUGGUGUUGCUGAGCCUCUCUCCAUCUUCGUUGAGUCUUACGGAACCUCGGACAAGACUUCCGAUGAACUCGUUGCCAUCAUCCGCAAGAACUUUGACUUGCGACCUGGACAGAUCGUCAAGGAGUUGGCUCUUCAGACCCCUUGGUACCUCUCGACUGCCUCCAACGGCCACUUCACCGACCAGAGCAAGUCUUGGGAGAAGCCAAAGGAGCUCAAGUUCUAA